CGGCGCAGGCUCCUCCCUUCGCCCCGCACCGUGGCGCGGCCCGGCUGCGGCGGCGCAGGGCGCUCGGUCCCCGCCGCCACCUGCCCGCCCGGGGCCGCUCCCGCGCUGGGCACCCGGGGCUCUGCGUCCCGGUGGGGCGAGGCGAGGCGAGGCGAGACGGGAGGAGGAAGAAGAGAAAGAGAAGCAGGAGGAGGCCCAGGCCGCCCCGGCGCUCCUGCCUCCCCCCGCCCCGCGCUUUGUCCCCGGCAGCCGCCGCGCCGCCGCUCGCACGGCUGCGAGAGCCGCACACGACCACAAUCAACAUAUCUAUAUCCCAGUUUCCCUUUGGGAGUUGAACCCUGAGACAUCUGGUGGCGAAUACUGAGCUCAGGAUUGAUACUGGCCUUUCAGUCAGAUGGAGACUUUGGAGGAGAAGAGCAAUCUCCUUGGUUUACAGGCAGACAGCAACAUGGAGCAACCAUUCACUGUCAGCUCGUUGAAAAAGCUGGUAGCUAUUCCUGACCACACAGACAUCUCUGUGAGCCCAGAGGAGAGAGUGCGUGCCUUAAGCAAGCUUGGCAGCAAUAUCACCAUCAACGAGGACAUCACUCCGCGGCGCUACUUCCGAUCGGGAGUGGAGAUGGAGCGCAUGGCCUCGGUGUACAUGGAGGAGGGAAACCUGGAGAACGCUUUUGUCUUCUACAACAAGUUCAUAACAUUGUUUGUAGAAAAGCUGCCCAGUCACCGAGACUAUCACCAAUGUGCAGUACCAGAAAAACAAGAUAUUAUUAAGAAAUUGAAGGAGGUUGCAUUUCCACGGACAGAUGAACUGAAAAGAGAUCUUUUAAAAAAAUAUAACUUAGAAUAUCAAGAAUACAUGCAACACAAAAACAAAUGUAAAACUGAAUUUCUGAAGAAACUGGAGCACCAGAAGCUAAUAGAGGCAGAGAAGAAACGAAUCGCACACAUGCGGCAGCAGCAGCUCGAAUCGGAACAGUUUCAGUUCUUUGAGGAUCAACUUAAGAAGCAAGAGCUAGCUCGAGAUCAGAAAAUCAAAGAGAGUGUAGUCAUGUCCGAACAGAUAGAUGGAAGUAUGCUGUCUUGUAUUUCUGUACCAGAGAACAGCUCCUUAUCUGCGGCGCUGCUGGAGAAAAAAGAGAGGCGCGGCACCUCUGGCUGUGCUGGACAUUCGCCGCCAGUGGAACGGGCCUUAAAGCCAGCAGCUACUCUAAGUGCUGUUCAGACUCAAUUGGCCGAAGCACUCAGAGGUGUCAUUUUGCCCAGGGAUCUCUGUCACAAAUUUCUGCUGCUGGCAGAGGCAAAUACAGUAAGAGGAAUAGAGACAUGUGGAAUUCUCUGUGGAAAACUGACUCACAAUGAAUUUACUAUUACACAUGUAAUAGUGCCAAAGCAAACUGCCGGACCAGACUACUGUGACAUGGAGAACGUGGAAGAAUUAUUUGGUAUUCAGGAUCAGUAUGAUCUCCUCACUUUGGGUUGGAUCCAUACACAUCCAACACAAACUGCAUUCUUAUCCAGUGUUGAUCUCCAUACUCAUUGUUCUUAUCAGCUAAUGUUGCCAGAGGCCAUUGCAAUUGUUUGUUCACCAAAGCAUAAUGACACUGGCAUCUUCAGACUGACUAAUGCUGGCAUGCUAGAAGUUUCUGCUUGUAAAAAGAAGGGAUUCCAUCCACAUACAAAGGACCCUAGGUUAUUUAAUCCAUGUGCCCAUGUGGUUGGGAAAGACAUAAAGAUAAUCGUGCUGGAUCUGAGGUGAUACGGAUGAACCACAUCAAUGUACUCUACAAAAGGCCAAAAGAAAAAAAAAGGAUUCCUGUUUUUUCCUACAUUUUCAGAAAUUACUUUUAUAUUUAUACAUUUUAGAUUGAAUGGUUUGAUAUUUAUUGCUCUAGCCUGUUUUGGAGUUAUUUUGUUGCUCUGUCAAGAUGGAGUUCAGUGGCAUUAACCCUGAAUCUGUAAACAAAUCUCACCCAUACAACACAACAAUAAAAUGAACUUCAAACCUACAGUAACUGUGUUGAAAUAAUGUUUCUUUUGUCACUUUUUUGCAUUAAUUGCCUUCUGAGAAUUAGGUAUUUUAAACAGUUGUUGGCUUUUUAUAUGUAGUAGAGGCAAAUCAAUCAGUUUAGGCAAUUUUUUUUUCAUCUUUUUCUCCUGUCCAACUUCUAUAGCUCAAGUUUCAGCUGUUAAGCAGAAGAUACUUAGAAAUAUCCAAAUCCUUUACCUGAGAGCUGAUCCUCACUAUUUUGGGAUAGCAGGGAUGCAUCAGACUCCCUUGGAGAAAUGUGUCUUCUCCAGCAACCUGCCAGUAGAGACUUUAAAUUGAAAGACACUUCUUAUCCUGAAAAGGAUUUCCUCACUCUAUCUAGAGUUAGAUAAAAAGAUCUAGACAGAGUUAGAAGAAAGAGCCAUACAAAGUUAUUUGCUUUUACAAGAGUUUAUUUAGUAACUGUUCCAAGAACCUAGAUGACCUAUACUUUAAAUAAUAAGGUUAGUACAAAGAGGUUUGCAACAUGUGCUAACAGUCAGAAGCUGGACAAGAUCUGAAACCCUGGGGUUAUGAAGACAUGGUAAAUAAGGUGCUGUUGCAAAGAGCUUACAGUU